AUGUCGUCCCGGAGCAUCAAUCAUCGCAGACUAAACAGCGUCCAGCAACAGGACCGCCUCCAACGCCAGGGCUCCAAGAGCAAGCGCACCGUCUCCGCCCAAGAUGCCUACCUCUAUGCCCUCCGCGUAGCCUACCUCGCAUACCUGCUCCAGCCGCGCCAGAAACGGGUCCAGCAUGUCGCUGCCCCAAAGCCGGUCCAACGCUCCUCCACCUCCGUCGCCGAUCUCGUCAAGGAUUUCUCCCUGAUCCGAGACUCCAAGAGCACACGAUUCCCACAUGGGUUCAUGAACGAGUUGGAUAAGCGCAUAACAGGGGUCUUGGUGGGAAAGGAGCGGCGACCGGAAUACGCAGACGCCGCCGUGAAACGCACCUUCGCCGUCUUCCUCAACGAGUUCAAAGCGCCCCAAUUCCGCAAAUCCAUGGAGAAGGACCGUAGAGUGGAGGAUCUGCUGCUCAUCUUCUUCUCAAAUGCGACCAAGGAGCUCGGCAGGGGGAAGCCCCCGGGCGACGACAGCUGGAAGCUCAUGGUGGAUCGUCACGUCGCGCUCUUCGUGAGGUUGAUUAGCUCGACGCUGAGGGAUCAUGACUGGGCGAGGGAUCGGCCGGAGCUGAGCUCGAGGCUGAAUACCAUGGAGAAGAAGCUACUCAUGCAUGACCAAGAUCUCUCGGCGGACAAUCAGCGGAAUGGCGGUGCGGGCGGGUCCUCCAUCGAGGUCGAAGUACCGCGGAGCUACGAGGUCAAGGAUAUGCCAUUGGUGCUGGUGGUGUCGCGGAUAUUCGGUAUAUCUUACCAAGACGUGCAGACGGACGUCAAUCGGUACAAGUCUGUCUGGACUGAGAAGGCGGCAUUGCAGGACUUGAAGACCUAUCAGGCACAUCUGAGUUUGAUGAGCAAGAAAACGCUCAACAGCGACGAUUUCGAUUUGGAGGAGGCAUACGAGGCGUGGAAGAAUCAGGAGAUCCCCGAUCUGUCGCAAAUGAUAUUGGCGAUUGUGCAGUCGAACCCUGAGUUGGCGAAGAGCUCACCUGGUGGGAGUCUACCUCAGUUCAAGCCCAGUGCCGCAGCAGAUGUAGGGUAUUCCGACGCAUCCAUCACCAAUCCGGCCUCUACGGAAGCCUCGUCUUCCUACGUGAUUGACCAGCCCGUGGAUAUGAGCGCCCUCAGCCUUCACGACAGCUCGGAGGAUGAUGGCGCUGCCUUCACAUUUAUCCCUCCAGAUCCUAGGACAUACUACCGUGCCAUCGUCAAAGAAGCCCUGACUUACGACCUCGCCGACACGGAACUCCAACCCAGCGAGGCAACUAACGAGACGCCCUCGAUAAAAUUGCUGUCCAAGCAGUCGGCAGAGCUACUGAACGAGAUUGCGCUGCGGUGGAGACUUCCGUACCCCUCACGCCUCGUACUGUUUUUAGAUGUAAUACGGGAGAAGUAUCAAGAGCGGGAAAUCGACCUGGACACUCUCGACGCCGCCUUCAACUACGUCAAGGAGCCACCGCCCACGGACAAGAAGGCACACAGGAUGAGCCACGUACCAGAGAAUCUGUUCGACCGGACAAAGUGGCCCAUUGCUGAUUAUGCGCUCAACCAGCAGAUAUUGAGCGCUUUGCAUGACUGUCUGCUGCGGGAGCUCUUUGAGAUGAUGCUCCUGGUGUACGAUACAAAAGCGCCACCGCUUGGUCCAAUUAUGUAUGUUUUAAACAAUCACAUCUACGAUGACCCCUUAUUCAGCGCGGCACCCGAGGCUCUGGACGAGUUCACGUUGCAGUUACAAGGGGCACUUCGGCAACGGGCAGCGGAGGUAUACCGCGAAAUGCUCGCAAAACACAUCCCGGAGAUGAAGGAGCAGUGGGAAUUCUACCACGUGAUAGAGCUCGGGCGAGCCGUCGUCAAGUUGUGCGAAAGGAUUCAAAAGCGCUACCGCAAGAAUCCGCAAAUCAUGGGCGUCAGUCCCAUGAUGUGCCUCGUCGAAGAAAUGUUCCCUGCGUAUGCUGCAGACGCCCGAGAUCUCGUCGCCCGAAUCAUGGAUGUUGCGCAUGAAAAAGGUGAGGAGGUGCCUAUACCGGAUGGCUUCGAGUUGUACAAGGAGCUUGUCGAUAUUCGUCGCAUUCACGCCGAGGCUCUGCCAGGACGUCGCUUCGGCUUUAACCUGGAGGGCUUACUGCAGGACUUCGUCUGGAGAUGGAUAGAAGCCACGGAUGCGAAUAUCGUUGGCUGGGUGGAGAAUGCGUUCAAAGCGGAUCUAUUCAAGAUUGAAUCACAGAACCCGGACCCCUCCGACGACGAAAGGCACAGUGUCUCGGUCGUUGAUAUCUUUCGGUCGUUCAAUCAAAGCGUUCAGCAGAUCAUAUCCUUGAACUGGGACGACGACCUGCAGUAUGCGAAGUUCAUGACAGCUCUAUCAAAGUCGAUAGGACGUGGGCUGGCUAGGUACUGUGAGCUGCUCGAGCAGAAGUUCAGCAAGGAGAUGGAUCGUCUGACGCCAGAGCAAGAGGCGGCUGCACGGCAAACGCGACAGGAGAAGUGGAUCUCUAUGGCAAAGGACUUUUAUGGCCAGAAGGAUACGAUCGAGCCUUUCCAAUUUUGGCCCGAGUCUCUAGUGAAACUGAACAAUGUCGAGUAUGCAAUGCAGCAGCUUGACAAGUUGGAGCGCGAGAUCAACGUCGAUGCAUGCGCCGACGUUAUACAGAAGAACACGCCGCCCGCGUCACAACGGGACCGCAGACCCGCCAACUACGUCUUCACUAUCAAGAUCAUAGAAGCGGAGGACCUCAAAGCAUGUGAUAUCAAUGGACUUAGCGAUCCUUAUGUGGUACUGGGCGAUGAAUACCAGAAGAGGCUCGCGAAAACUCGCGUCAUUUAUGGUAGCCUGAACCCCCGGUGGGAGGAGACAGUCGAUAUCACGACCAAUGGUCCUCUCAAUAUCAUUGCGACGAUUUGGGAUUGGGAUACACUUGGCGAUCACGACUGUGUCGGUCGCACGUCUCUCAAACUUGAUCCUUCGCAUUUCAGAGAUUAUAUGCCUCGGGAGUAUUGGCUGGAUCUGGACACGCAAGGCCGAUUGCUACUGCGUGUUAGUAUGGAGGGCGAGCGUGAUGACAUUCAAUUCUAUUUUGGCCGUUCGUUCAGAACUCUGAAGAGGACUGAGAGAGACAUGACGCGGACCAUUACGGACAAGCUCUCGGCAUUCAUCCACCACUGCCUGUCUCGCAGAGCUCUGAAAGCCAUGCUUAACAAGGGUAUCUCUGUAUCCUCGGUAACGAGCUACUUCCGAGCAACGAGACCACAGUCUGUGGCCCAAGCACCCACACAGCAGGAUGUUACGAACGCUCUGGAGCCGCUAUUCAAUUACUUCAACGAGAACUUUGCAAUCAUGAAGCAGACUCUGACGGACUCGGCCAUGAUAAUGGUCAUGACACGGUUAUGGAAGGAAGUACUUUCCACCAUUGAGUCUCUGCUCGUCCCUCCGCUGUCGGACAAGCUGUCCCAGCAGCGUCCCCUGACACAGCAGGAGCUUGACAUCGUCUUCAAAUGGCUCAAGCUCCUCUUCGACUUCUUCCACGCCGUCGACGAAGACGGCAACGUCAACGGCGUCCCCAUGGACAUUCUCAAAUCCCCCAAAUACCACGAACUCCAGAACCUCAACUUCUUCUACUUCGAAACGACCGAAGACCUCAUCCGCACCUCGGAAGCCAUGGCCGCCGCCAACGCCAGGCGCCAACAGGAACACUCGGCGAGGUUCCUCAACAGCAACAGGAUGUCGGCGCCGGCGGCCAUGGGGCCGCAAUUCGGAGGUGCCAUGGGCCUGCUGGGGAUGCCGACGAGGAAGCACAAGACGAUUCUUCUGAGCAGGAACUUGGGCACGAUGAAGAAGGCCAAGGAGGAGAAGAGGAGGGAGGCGCAGGCGGAGCCGAAUGAUGAUAUGAUUCUCAGGAUACUGAGGAUGAGGCCUGAGGCGGAGAGGUAUUUGAAGGAUCGGAGUAGGCAGAAGGAGAGACUAGCUGCUGCGCAGGCGGCCGAGAUGAUUGUGCGGCAGAGCCUCAAUGCGGGCGGCGGACGGAUGACGGGGACGCUGCCGCGGAGGUAAAUCAGCAUGAAGAUGCGUCAUCUGACUGAGCGGUUGGGCGUCGAGCGUUUGUGUACUAGGGUUUCGGGGUUUUCUUCUCUUUUCUUCUCUUUUUUCUGCUUGUUAUCUAGAUACCUCUGCAUGGUCUUAUUUUUCUCCUUCUACGGUGUCUUCUGGAUGAAUGAUAGCAAGGCCUUAUGGCUUAUGGGCUAUUGCUACUGAGGCAA